GACCCGCCGAUGACGGCACGUUUAACAAGGAAGGCGCCCCCGGCAGAGGAGCUGCAGGUGCAGGUGGUCCCUUCGACAGCAACCAGCGUCCCGCGGCGUCAGAAUAGCACGAUGUCUCGGCAGGACCAGUUUGUAUCGAGUCGUGGCUCCACGCGACGCUGGGAGACUCCACCUCCACCCCCGCAGACCUUGGCUGUGCGGGCUAGCGGCUUCCAGUGGGUGGAGAAGCAAGCAAAUGCCUCGUCAGC